UUCAAGGGGAGAAACAGGAAGCGCCUUUCUCACGUCGACUCCACGCCUGCAGUUAAAGUAUAUCGUGAUGGCUGAGUUUCAGGAAGUGUUAAAGCAGUCUGCUCUCCACCCUAAGCCAGCCGGCCUGUGUCUGCAGUAUGGCACCGCUGGCUUCAGGACUAACGCCAAGCAGCUGGACCACAUUAUGUUCAGGAUGGGGAUGCUGGCCACCCUGCGCUCAAAAAAGACUCAAGCUACCAUCGGAGUCAUGGUGACUGCGUCUCACAACCCAGAGGAGGACAAUGGGGUGAAGCUGGUAGAUCCGAUGGGGGAGAUGUUGACACCAGCAUGGGAGGACUAUGCCACCCAGCUGGCAAACGCAGAGCAGGACGAUCUGGCUCGAGCUGUGAAGGAAGUCAUCCAGAAGGAGGCUAUAGAUAUGAGUCGGGAAGCCAACGUGUUUGUGGGAAAAGAUACCAGGAGCAGCAGUCCUGCUCUUUCCCAAGCAGUGAUAGAUGGAGUUUCUGCUCUCGGUGGCCACAGCAAAGACUACGGCUUGGUGACCACCCCACAGCUCCACUACAUGGUUUGGUGUCAGAACACAAAGGGUAAAUAUGGAGAGGCCACAGUGGAAGGGUACUACCGCAAACACUGCCAAGCUUAUGUUCAACUCACCAAAAAUGCUUCCAAUCGAACAGACGACCAGAAGCAUCUCUGUGUGGACGGUGCCAAUGGUAUUGGGGCACUGAAGGUCCGUGAGAUGGAGCAUCACUUGCAGAAAGGUCUGCAAAUUUCCCUCUUUAACGAUGGCAGCAAGGGAAAACUGAACCACCAGUGUGGGGCCGAUUUCGUCAAAGUGCAACAAAAACCUCCAGCAGACAUCGAGAUUAAUCCGGGAGAACGUUGCUGCUCCUUCGAUGGCGAUGCCGACCGUAUAGUUUAUUACUACACCGACUCUGACGGACGUUUCCACCUGCUGGAUGGAGAUAAGAUAGCAACUCUCAUCAGCACUUUUCUCAAAGAGCUGCUCACACAGGCAGGUCUUGACUUAAACAUAGCAGUGGUGCAAACUGCUUAUGCAAACGGAAGCUCAACACUGUAUUUGGAAAACACAAUGAAGGUGAUAGUGAAAUGCACUAAAACUGGAGUGAAGCAUCUUCAUCAUGAAGCUCAGAAGUUUGAUAUCGGCGUUUACUUCGAGGCCAACGGCCACGGAACUGUGUUGUUCAGUCAAGCUGCUGUAGAGAAAAUCCAGCAGCUCGCCGAGGAUGCCAACAGCGACGACACGAAGAAGAGAGCCGCUCUCCUGCUGCAGAGUACGGUCAACGUCAUCAAUCAGACUGUAGGAGAUGCAAUAUCCGACAUGCUACUGAUCGAAGCCAUAUUAGCUGUCCGAGGGAUGACAGUGCAGCAGUGGGACGCCAUGUACACGGACCUGCCCAACAGGCAGCUUAAAGUCAAGGUGUCAGACCGCAGAGUGAUAGACACGACAGACGCAGAGAGACGGGCAGUGAGCCCAGCAGGACUGCAGGACGCCAUCGACAGUCUGGUGAAGAAGUACAGACAGGCCCGCUCCUUCGUGAGGCCUUCCGGCACCGAGGACGUGGUUCGAGUUUACGCAGAAGCUGAAACUCAGGAGAGCGCCGAUGCCCUGGCACAUGAAGUCAGCCUGGCGGUGUAUCGGCUCGCCGGAGGAGUGGGUGAUGAACCCAAACCGCUACAGUAGAACACAUUAGGGACCUGUGCUUUUUCUAUGCAGUCACAGCUGAAAGAUUUUUCUACAUGUCUCAAUAGUCAAUGUUCUUUAAAAUGCAACGUUUUUACUUGAUGGUGAAUGUCUUUGAUACUGCUCUGUUUUCUUCUUUCUUUGUUUCUCUUACACUACAAUGAUAUGGAAGCCUCAUGAAGUUGAUGCUGUAGCUCAUGAAUAAUUCUGUGUGCUUGAAGGACUUUUCAUGAAUGAAAUAUGGCGCGGUUUUUAUAUAGCCACGCCACUGACACACUACCAGUAGACCCAGGGCCAUGCAAAGACUUUUGAUGGGACUGGUGUUCAAAGUUAAAACAGGGUACGUAUUAUAAUAACAAUAAUGCAUUGGUUUCAUAUUGCACCUUUUUUCAGGGAAGUCAAGGUGACUUUACAAUUAUUCAGUGACUGCAUGAUGGUGGUAGGGUACGUCUGUAGCUGCGGCUCCCAAUCUGUCCCAUCAACCACUCACUCUCCCAUCCAGGUACUGGCCAGGCCCGACCCCGCUUCGCUCCAGAGAGCUGACGGGAUCAGGCAUCAUCAUGGCGAUAUGACUUCACUCUAUACCUGCUUGAAUUUUAGCGACCCACAUUCAUAAAGAAUGUGACGUGGAAUCGCAGCUGUUGGAACUCAGCAGAACAAGUUGCUCAACUGUAAACUGAAAGAGGUACAUUAUUGGGGGGAUAUGAAUGAGUCCAUAUCCACAAAGCCAUAGUUCAAGCUGUGCAUUCAUUUAGGACAUAGGAAGGUCAGGUAUUAAGAUGAAUUGAGAUCAACAUCAGACACUGGACUGUUCAACUGUGGCUAUUCUUCCUGGAAUCUCGGCGUUCAAGUUUAAAUAUUGAAGGACAAUGAAAUGUUAUCCUGUAUUUAUUAACAGACGUGUGUUGUAUAUGUCAUUGUGCAAAUUGGAAGGGUGAACACUAAUAAUGGGACAAAGAGACAAGAAGAGGGGUGUCUUUGUGUGUGUAGCCACAAAUUUGCUCCAUGGUGCUGCUUCUUAAUCUGCUCUUUAUCAUUAAUAGUUCUCACUUGACAGUAAAUUGAUCCAUCUCU